AUGAAAGAGAUGAUGAACAACAUUUUUGACUCCGUCAGUUCCUUGUUUGGCUCCGGAGAAGACCAUAUACCAUGGUGCAAUCGAGACAUCAUCCAUAGGUGUGAGAUAGAAGUUGGAGAGGCAGUGAACAAAGGUGAGUCGACAGAGGAGCGCAAGAGCAAAAGCAUAAUGAGGUUAUCAUGGGCACUUGUUCACUCAAUGCAACGUGAAGAUGUGCAACGUGGAAUUGACAUGCUACUACAAGCAACUAAUAAUUCAAUGGCCAAAAGUACUAACUCCCCUUUGGAUCAACGAGAGAUGCUUUACCUUAUGGCCGUUGGAUACUACAGAAGUGGUGAAUAUUCAACUAGCCGGCGUCUUCUGAAUCGGUGCUUAGGGAUUGAACCAAAAUGGAGACGGGCUCUGAGUCUGAAGAAGACAGUUGAGGAUCGAAUUGUGAAAGAUGGCGUCAUUGGAAUAGGAAUUACUGCUGGUGCUAUUAUAGCAGCAGGUGGGAUUGUAGCUACAUGCCUUGGCUACCAGGCAGCGCCACUGUCCCAAUCGUAG